UUGUUUUCCUCUUCCUUUACCCUUUCUCCCUUCCUAGAACAUAUUCUUAUUUUCCUCUCUUUCCUCUUUGUCUUCCUAAAGAAAAGUAUAUCUUGCACCACUUGUUCAACCCCUCUCUGUUUAAUAAAAUUACGUAAGCAAACUCAUAAAAACAAAGAAAAAACACUCUUUGGGGAAUCAGUGGUCAGGGCAGGAAGCCUCCAUUUGGGGGAGACAAGAGGGGAUUUGCUUUAUAAUUUAUCCUACAUAGAGACAGUGACGAAAAUGAUUCGCAGGAAAGGGACAAAAUGUUAUUUACUUUGCCUGCGAGGAAAGUGCAUCUGAUUUUUUUGACAGCCGGGACCUGAGGGAAAGUCUCACCUCUAGUAAGAGAAAACGUACUUUUAAAGAGGGUCUCAGUGUAAUUGUCCUAAAUAGAAGGAAAGAGUGCGAAGGCGGAGCUUGCUAGUGAACCCGCGCCACCCAGAAGUUUCACUGAAAGUUUCCUAAACGAGCUCUCAGUAGCAUUUGUACGACCCUGGGGAGGUGGCACGGGGAGGGUGAUCUCCCAUUCAAUAGAAUGCAGAUGUCCCUUUAAGGUUUGCCUCUCUCUCUCCGUGGACUUUAGCCUAAACACCGAGUGAAGCUUGCUUUAUUUGUACAUGAGCACAGAUUUUGGGAAUCAGCCAGUUGCAAUUUGAAAGACCAAGAACGAAAAGGGAGGGGCGAUGUGGCAAUUCAUCUUGGAUGUGAAAAGCGUGGAGAGGACUUAGAAGCAUUUGCCGAAAACACAGGAAAUUACCCCCUCGGCUGCUGCUGCUGCUGUUGCUGUUGCGCUGCCACUGCCACUGCCACUGCUGCUGCUGCCACAGCUGUUUGAAGAACUGAAGAAGUAUCUCAGAAGCAGCGCUCCGGCCGGUUUGUUCAGGGCAACUUGAAGCGUGUCCCAGCUGAGACAGGGAGCCCUAGAGAGCCUGCCCUAUCUCUCCUGCCUGUGCCAGGCUGGUCAUGGCCCGCCAGUGCUGCACCAGGCCAGGUGUCGCUGUCGCAUGUUGGUUGCUUAUCGUGAUCUUGGACUUCUGUAUAUCCUUCAAUGUGGAUGUGAAAAAUGCAAUGACCUUCAGUGGCCCAGUGGAGGACAUGUUUGGAUACACAGUUCAACAAUAUGAAAAUGAAGAAGGCAAAUGGGUGCUCAUUGGUUCUCCACUGGUUGGCCAACCCAAGAACAGAACUGGUGAUGUUUAUAAAUGUCCAGUAGGGCGAGGAGAAUCAUUACCGUGUAUAAAAUUGGAUCUUCCAGUUUAUACAUCUAUUCCAAAUGUCACGGAAGUAAAGGAGAACAUGACGUUUGGAUCCACUUUAGUCACUAACCCAAAAGGCGGAUUUCUGGCUUGUGGGCCUUUGUAUGCUUACAGAUGUGGACAUUCACAUUAUACAACUGGCAUCUGUUCAGAUGUGGAUUCCAAAUUUCAGGUUGUGAACUCCAUUGCACCAUCUGUUCAAGGAUGCAGUACCCAACUGGACAUUGUCAUAGUGCUGGAUGGUUCAAACAGUAUUUACCCUUGGACAAGUGUAAUAGAUUUUUUAAAUAGUUUACUUGGGAAAAUGGACAUUGGUCCCAAACAAACACAGGUUGGAAUUGUACAGUAUAGUGAAAAUGUGACCCAUGAAUUUAAUCUCAAUAAAUAUACAACAACUGAAGAAGUGCUCCUUGCAGCUAACCAGAUAGAGCAGAGGCAAGGCCGCCAAACAAUGACAGCUCUGGGAAUAGAUACAGCAAGGAAAGAGGCCUUCACUAAAGCCAGGGGUGCCCGAAAUGGGGUUAAAAAAGUCAUGGUGAUCGUGACUGAUGGAGAAUCCCACGACAACCAUAGACUGAAUAAAGUCAUUCAAGAGUGUGAAGAAGAAGAUAUUCAGCGAUUCGCCAUAGCUAUUCUUGGUCACUAUAACCGAGGGAAUUUGAGCACUGAGAAAUUUGUGGAAGAAAUAAAAUCAAUUGCAAGUGAGCCUACUGAAAAGCAUUUCUUCAAUGUCUCUGAUGAAUUCGCACUAGUCACUAUUGCUGAAGGUCUGGGAGAAAGAAUAUUUGCCUUGGAAGCCACGACUGACUUGUCAGCAGCCUCAUUUGAGAUGGAAAUGUCCCAGACUGGAUUUAGUGCUCAUUAUUCACAAGACUGGGUUAUGCUUGGAGCUGUUGGGGCCUAUGACUGGAAUGGAACAGUUGUCAUGCAGAAAGACAACCAAAUUAUAACCCCACCAAACAAUUCCUUUAAUGUUGAGGCUACUAAGAAAAAUGAGCCACUUGCUUCCUAUUUAGGUUAUAUGGUGAACUCGGCCACCAUUCCUGGGGAUGUGAUCUACAUCGCUGGUCAGCCCCGCUAUAAUCACACAGGCCAAGUCAUUACUUACACAAUGGAAGGCCAAGACAUCAAGAUUCUCCAAACCCUCAGUGGAGAACAAAUUGGGUCUUACUUUGGCAGUGUUUUAACAACAAUUGAUGUUGAUAAAGACUCCUUCACUGAUAUCCUACUGGUUGGAGCUCCCAUGUAUAUGGGAACAGAGAAAGAGGAACAAGGAAAAGUAUAUGUGUAUGCUUUGAAUAAGACUAGGUUUGAAUACCAGAUGAGCCUGGAGCCCAUUAAGCAAACUUGCUGUUCAUCCCUCAAGCACGAUUCCUGCAAGAAGAAAAACAAAAAUGAGCCUUGUGGGGCUCGUUUUGGAACAGCAAUUGCUUCUGUGAAGGACCUCAACCUUGAUGGAUUUAAUGAUAUAGUGAUCGGUGCUCCCUUAGAAGAUGAUCAUGGAGGGGCCGUGUACAUUUAUCAUGGAAGUGGCAAGACUAUAAAGAAAGAAUAUGCGCAACGUAUUCCAUCAGGUGGAGAUGGAGAAACACUGAAAUUUUUUGGCCAGUCUAUACAUGGAGAAAUGGAUUUAAACGGAGAUGGACUGACUGAUGUGACCAUCGGAGGCCUUGGUGGUGCUGCCCUCUUCUGGUCUCGAGACGUAGCUGAAGUUAAAGUUACCAUGACUUUUACUCCCAAUAAAGUAAAUAUUCAAAAGAAAAACUGUAAGAUGGAGGGGAAGGAAACAGUAUGCAUAAAUGCUACCAUGUGUUUUCAUGUCAAACUGAAAUCAAAAGAAGAUACAGAUUAUGUAGCUGAUCUGCAAUACCGAGUUACAUUAGACUCACUAAGACAGAUAUCACGAAGUUUCUUCUCUGGAACACAAGAAAGAAAGAUUCAAAAAAACAUCACAGUCCGGAGAUCAGAAUGUACUAAUCAUUACUUCUACAUGUUGGACAAACAUGACUUUCGGGAUUCAGUGAAGGUAUCAUUGGAUUUUAAUCUUUCAGAUCCAGAAAAUGGGCCUGUUCUUGAUGGUGAUCUGCCUAAUUCCAUACAUGAAUAUAUUCCUUUUGCAAAAGAUUGUGGAAACAAGGAGAAAUGCAUCUCAGAUUUGGCUCUGACUGUAUCAACCACAGAAAAAGACUUACUCAUUGUUAAGUCUCACAGUGAUAAAUUCAGCAUGGAUCUGACCAUCAGGAAUAAAAAGGACAGUGCCUACAAUACCAGGGCCAUUGUCCAGGCCUCUCCAAAUGUAAUUUUUUCAGGAAUUGAGGGUAUUCAAAAAGACAGCUGUGAAUCCAAUCAGAAUAUCACAUGCAAAGUUGGCUAUCCUUUCCUGAAAAGAGGAGAAGAGAUAUCUUUCAAAAUACUCUUUCAAUUUAAUAUUUCCUAUCUUAUGGAAAAUGUGACCAUUCACAUAAGUGUAACAAGUGACAGUGAAGAACCUUUGGAGACACUUUCUGACAAUGAAGUAGAUAUUUCUAUUCCAGUAAAAUAUGAAGCUGGACUCCAAUUUUCCAGCUCUGCAAGUGAAUAUCACAUUUCAAUUGCGGCCAAUGAUACAGUUCCUGACAUUAUUAAUUCAACCAGUGACAUCGGAAACGAAAUCAACGUUUUCUACUUGAUCCGAAAAAGUGGGCAUAUUCCCAUACCAGAGCUUAAGCUGAAUAUUUCAUUCCCCAACUUAACAUCAGAUGAAUACCCUGUACUUUACCUAAUUGAAUGGUCAUCUUCUGAUAAUGUUAAUUGUAGACCAACUAGCCUUCAAGAUCCUUUCAACAUCAACUUUGGAAAGAAAAUGAUACCAAAAUCUGGAGAACUCAAGCGAGGCACUAUAUCGAACUGCAAUACCUGCAAAUUUGCAACCAUUGAGUGUAAUCUGAUCCCUUCUGAUGUAAGCCAAAUAAAUAUUACAUUCAUCUUGUGGAAGUCGACAUUUAUAAAAGCAAGUUUUUCCAGUUUGAAUCUUACUAUAAAGGCAGAACUUCAUAGUGAAAACUCAUCAUUGGUAUUAAGUAGUAGUAACCAGAAAAGAGAGCUGGCUAUUCAGAUAUCAAAAGAUCUUCUACCUGGUCAAGUGCCAUUGUGGGUGAUCCUUCUGAGUGCUUUUGCAGGAUUCCUGCUAUUGAUGCUCCUUAUAUUAGCAUUAUGGAAGAUUGGAUUCUUCAAAAGGCCAUUAAAGAAGAAGAUGGAAAAAUGAAAUUCCAUACCAGAGGAGGAAAACAGCAAUUGUUCAAUUAUCUGUCCUCAGGCUUGCUUCAAAUUUGUGACCAGAAAAAUUCUUGAUAUAAUUAUCAUCUACAUGGUCACAUGCCUUUGUUCCAUUAAGGAAUUAAUCACUCAGAAAAAAAAAAGAUCAAUAAUGAUCCCAAAAGAUGAUGAUAAAUUUAUAUUUGUAAAAUAUCAGGAAAUAUUUUAAAAUAAUUACUCGUUUUUGCUGAGUAAUUGAAUUUAAUAUUACAAAGUGUUUUGAAUAGAAAGGACAGCCUAUUCAAACGUGUUUCAGAAAUGAAGGAAAAAUAUUGUCAGACUCAUGGAAGCAUGUUUUGUUUUGUUUUGUUUUUUUCCUCCAGAAAAAUACAAGUUAGAUUUUCUUUCUCUGACCUCAAUGGAAAUCUAGACUUUCAGAGUUUGAAAAUGUACGUGCCAGGAAAAGUCUCACUUGCUAGGGUCACUUCCCAUCAUGCACAACUGAGCUCAAGGGAGAGGACGUUGUGUAACAUGAACUCAUGACACAGAGGAGACAAAAAACAGAAUGAAACAGGAUCAUACAGCAGGUAGCCUUUGGGUCAUUUCUGUCCAUUUCCCAGGGUGUCUAAAAAGCAAAGUCUAUACAGCUGAAAUUCUAUCCCAAGUUGAGAAUGAAGAUAAAAGCACUGUUAGAAAACAAGCAUAGGUUUAUAAGCUUUUAUUAGGCACACUGAACUCUCAUUUCUGAGCUUUAAGAAUCAAUGUAAAAUGUCAUGGUAGUGAAAAAAGCAUUUAAAAACAAUUUUUAAUUUUAUGUGUACCUUAAAAAAUGUGAUGUGAUUUAUUCCCAAAGAAUUCAAUGUGAGGGAUAUACUGAAUUGACUUUUGAAAAAUGGAAUUUGUUGGUAAAUGACUAUGAAGUGCCUAUUGCACCUUUGUGAAUCACUUUUGAGUUUUGAGGGACCCAGAAUUCCCAUUUUCUAAGACAGCCCAAAAAAAUGAGUUCUCUUAAGUUCUUGUACAGGGUUGAUUCAAAUCAAAAACUAGGACAGGGUUUUUAUUUUGUUUUGUUUUGUUUUGUGUUUUUUAUUUUGUUUCUUGAGGAUUAUUUUUUCAAAUGCAUUUCUAAUAUUCUGUAAAAGACAAAAUUCCAUUUUCAUAUAAGACUUCACCAAAAAGUGUUUCCAGUGCAUGAGCUACACAUAUGUAUCAAGUAAAUAGAUCACUAGAAAUAUAUUUAAGGCAUUUUGUGUUUGAAAGCUGGCAACAACAAGAAGUCACUGCUCCAUAUUUAACUUCUUUUUUUUUUUCAAAUCAUUUCCUAAGGCAAAUAGAGUUAAUCAGAAAACCAGCUGCCAUGAACAAUUCAUUUAUUUCCUGUGACAAUACAAAUGAAUGAAUGUAUAGUAGUUGUAUCAUUCAAUAAACAUUGAAUAAGUGCC